GAGAGAGAGAGAGAAAGAGAGACGGACUAACUGACUGACUCUCGGCGGAAACCUCUGCACCGUCCAAGGAAGCGGAAUACGGUAUUCGCAACUUCCGGUCGCCCGGGCUAUAGCGAGGCGAGUUGCAGCAGGCGUCGCUUUCUGUGGGGUUUUUCAUUUUGAAGCCGGCUCGAGAAGGGGCGGAAGUUUCUGUUCCCUGUCUCUUCCCCCUCUCCUUUUCUCUAUGGUGGGCUGGCGGCGUCCUCCCUUUCGCAGCCCGGUAGGCGCCUGAGAGCGGUGUAGGCCUCGCCCCGCCCCCCUGCCCCGCCAUGGCCGGCGAGGAGCCGCAGAAGUUCCUGGCCCCCGACGAGCCCAGCGCCCUCCUCUCGCCGCCCCUCCGCGCCCACGGCAGUCUCAGCUUGUGUGACGAUGGCCCGGCCUGCCUGGACGUCAGCGACUUCGGCUGCCACCUUUCGUCGUGCCACCGCACGGACCCGCUGCGACGCCUUCACGCCCACAGGUGGAACUUGACUUCUUGUGGCACGAGUGUAGCCAGCUCUGAAUGCAGUGAAGAACUCUUUUCUUCUGUCUCUGUUGGCGACCAGGAUGAUUGCUUCUCAAUUUUGGAUGAUCAGGAGUUAACGUCUUUUGACUUGUUCCCAGAGGGCAGCGUCUGCAGUGAUGUUUCUUCCUCCAUUAGCACCUAUUGGGACUGGUCAGACAGUGAAUUUGAAUGGCAGUUGCCUGGCAGUGACAUUGCAAGUGGAAGCGAUGUGCUUUCUGACAUCAUACCCAGUAUUCCAAGCUCUCCUUGUCUGCUUCCAAAAAAGAAAAACAAGCACAGGAAUCUCGAUGAGCUCCCAUGGAGUGCAAUGACCAACGAUGAACAGGUUGAAUAUAUUGAAUAUCUGAGUCGUAAAGUCAGCACGGAGAUGGGGCUUCGAGAGCAGCUUGACAUCAUUAAAAUUAUUGAUCCCACAGCUCAGAUUUCUCCCACAGACAAUGAGUUUAUUAUUGAACUAAAUUGCCUCACUGAUGAAAAGCUGAAACAGGUCAGAAAUUAUAUCAAGGAGCAUGGCCCUCGACAGCGGUCGACAAGGGAGAAUUGGAAGCGAAGUGGCUACGGUUGUGGAAGCACCAGCGGAGUGAGCGGUGCCAGUGCCAGCAGCAGCAGCGCCAGCAUGGUCAGCUCAGCAAGCAGCAGCGGUUCCAGUGUUGGCAACUCUGGUUCCAACUCCAGUGCCAAUAUGAGUCGGGCUCACAGUGACAGCAACUUAUCUACCAGUGCUGCUGAGCGAAUCCGGGAUUCGAAAAAACGUUCUAAACAACGCAAACUUCAGCAAAAGGCUUUGCGCAAGCGACAGCUGAAAGAACAGAGACAGGCUCGAAAGGAGAGACUGAGUGGCUUGUUCCUUAAUGAAGAGGUGCUUUCGUUAAAAGUGACUGAGGAGGACCACGAAGGAGAUGUGGAUGUCUUGAUGUGACAGGAGUAUUUUUUUAAAUCAGUGUUCUUUCUAAGCCUUAAGCUGCUAAUAUUGUUUACAUACACUUCUACCAAAAUUUUGAUUGGAGCUGGGGCUAGCUAGCCUGAAUCGUUCAUCUAUAUUUUAAAAACAAAAAGAAAUUUUUUGGCAAGUGAUAAGAGAUCAAGAAUACAUUUUUUUAAAAAAUAAAUCAAGGCUAAUAUAUUUUGCUUUCAAA